UCCUGUCAAAACAAAGCAAGCAUGUGGCCGCUGAUUAUGCAAUUCCUCCGGUCUAAUGCCGCAUACAUCACGCUGCCGAUAGCAACGUUAGUUGGCGUGAUUGGAUACAACAUUGAAGGUCUGCUGUCGGAUAAAUACACACCGUACAGCGCCUCCAUUCAAGAGAAACGAGCCGAACGUAUUACUGAAGAUGAAAAGUUAAAAGCAGCUACUGACGUUGAAAAACUAGUUUACAGAGAGAAUGUGCUUGGGCGAAAUCUCUCACCUUCCCUUGAAAAAGGCAAAUAA